AUGCAGGCGGACUACGAGGCCCUCCAGCAGUCCAUGCCGCUCUACGAGGCGCUCACGCUGUACCGACGCGGCGCCGCGCGGCCGACGAUCGAGUGGCUGCCCUACCUCCCCCAGCACAUGCCCGAGCGCGUCUCGGGCCUCGAGCGCGCCAUCGAGCGGCUCGCGACGGAGACCUUGGACGAGGCGACGACGGCGACGCUCAGCGCGAGUCUCUUCCGGCGCGUCUACGAGGGCAUCUCGCGGCCCCUGCUGAACAAGGAGGACUGGACGCGCAACGUCGCGCGCGCGUCGUCGCGCGCGCACGGGAAGCGCGUCCGCGUCGUCGGCCUCGGCACGGGCCUGCCGGCCGUCGCGGCGGCGCGGGCCCGGGCCCGCGAGGUCGUCUGGACCGACGACGUCGAGGCCUUCCGCGCCGUCGCCGUGGAGAUGGCCGAGGAGAACGGCGUCGGCGAGCGCGUGUCCGUGCAGCCGGACAAGAACGUCGCGAAGAAGUACGACGUCUUCGUCACGGAGCGCGUCUUCGACGACUGCUACAACCUCUUCUCCCCCUGCGUGUUCCGCGUCGGGCGCCUCGCGCGGUCGCGGAGCGCCCUCGUGCUGCCGUGCCUCGCGGAGGUCUGGGCCAUGCCCGUCGAGGCGACGCUGCCCGAGGUCGGCGGCGUCGACCUCCGCGCCUUGGACGCGCGGCGCGUCGACGCGGCGUCGGGCUUCGCGAGCCGCUGCAAGCGGCGGCCCCUGGGCGAGGGCGUGUCCUUCACGGUGGACUUCGGCGCCGACGAGACCAAGGAGAUGUGGGUCACGCUGAAGAUGCCCCUGGCGACGGCGGGCCGGUGGAACGCGGUCCAGGUCUGGGCCGACGUCUGGUUCGACACGGAGAACUGGGUCUCCUUCCGGCCGCGGGCGCUCGAGGGGCCGGGCACGGGCCUCGCCAAGUGCGGCGACCAGCUCGGGACGCUGCUCUACUACGCGGCGGGCGAGCACAAGGUCACGCGGAAGAACGUCGUCACCGCGCGGUUCUGCCUCUGCCCGCGCGACGGCGCGCUGCGGCUCAUCGAGACCUACGUGAGCGACGUCGCGACGCCGAGCCGGCCCUACGGGGGCCACGGCGCGUCCUUCCCCGGCUGGCACCUGCCCAUGCUCGAGUGCGAGCGCCGCAACAAGGCGUUCGUGGAGGCGGUGCAGCGCGUCGUCCGGCGGCGCAAGGAGAAGGACUGCGUCGUCCUCGACGUCGGCGCGGGCACGGGCGUGCUGGCCCUCGUGGCGAAGAAGGCGAACCCGCGGGCGACGGUCGUCGCCGUCGAGGCCGACGGCGACAUGGCGGACGUCGCGCGCGCGACGCUGGCGACGAACGGCGACGCGGCCCACGAGGUCAAGCUCGUCCACGCGCACUCGGCCGCGUGCCUCGUGGGCACGCAGAUCCCCAAGAAGGCCGACGUCGUCAUCGCCGAGGUCUUCGAUUCGGGCCUGCUGGGGGAGAAGUGCCUGGAGACGCUCUCGGACGUCGGGCGGAGGCUCGCCAACAAGGGCGCGGACUUCAUCCCGCGGGCGGCGACGCUCUGGCUCCUCCUGCUCGACGCCGUGCCCCGGGCGUCGACGGGCUUCUCGCUCGACGGGCUGGACAAGAUCCCGCGCUUCGCGCUGACGCGCGACGCGACGCCCCUGAACGUGGACCUCUGCAAGGCGCGGAGCCUCGCGACGCACAAGCGGCUCCACCCGCCGGUGCGCAUCUUCGACUUCGACUUCGCCAACGUCGGCGAGCUGACGCGGACGAAGGACCACGCCCUGAGCUUCACGGAGGAGGGCUGCUGCAACGGCUUCGCGCUCUACUUCGACCUCGACCUCGACGGCGAGACGCUGAGCACGGCGCCGGACGGGCCGCCGACGUGCUGGUUCCAGAGCCUGCGCUACUUCAGGGAGCCCAUCAACGUCAAGCCGGGCACGACGGCGACGCUCCGCGCGGCGCACGCGGCGUCGUCGUACAUGCAGCGGCCGUCGUAUGUGUUCAUCCGGUCGAGCGAGAUCUCGGACUGGGACCAGGGCUCGGCGCCGGCGCGCAGCACGCAGGCGCCCGUGCCGCCGAUCGUGAACAUCUCGACGGCGCCGGCGACGACGUUGGAAAAGUCCAGCGAGAAGUCGUCGAAGCCGAAGAUCUCGUUCCGCGUCUCCGCGAUCUCGUCGACGAGCUGCGUCGCCGCCCUGCGCGCCCCGCUGCCGUCGCCCGUGCGGCGCGCGGCGCUGCGGUCCAGCCGCGGCGCGACACCAACGACACCGACGCCCGCGCCGCUCCCGAUGCGCGCCUUCGAGGCCGUCGGCGAGUCGACGCGCUUCGCCGUGUCCGGCGCCGUCGCGACGACGCUCCUCGCGCGGCGCGACGCGGAGACGCUGCUCUGGGUCCUCGGAGCGAUUCUCGCCGCCGUCUGCAACAAGGUGCUGAAACGGAUCAUCAAGGAGGAGCGGCCCACGGAAGGCGACGACGGCGGCAUGCCGUCGAGCCACGCGUGUUCCGUGCUCCACCUCGGCGUCGGCGCGGUCCUGCGCUUCCCCAUGCCGCCCGGCCUGCCGGCGGCGCUCGCGGCCUACGGCCUCGUCUCGCUGGCCUGGCGCGUCCACGCGCGCUACCACACGACGGCCCAGGUCGUCGUCGGCGCCGCGUUCGGCGCGGCGACGGCCGUGUUGUUUCGCGCGGCGUCCCUGCGCCUCGAGCCCGCGCUGCCCGCGACGAUCCCGCUGCCCUGGAUCCUCUCGGUCUACGGCGUCGGCGCGGUGGUCGUCGGAUCUUUGGAGCGGAGCAAGUGGCUCAAGAAGCUCGCGUGCGAGCGGAAGAAGGGCGCGAAGGAUGCGUAA